GGGUGUAGCAGUCAGAUGGAGAUAGACAAACCGCUAGAUUUCUUUUGGGAUAUUUUAUAUAUGAUUGCCAGUCGUAUUGGACGUCUGUUCUCCACCUCGGCCGCUAGGAUGAGUGGUCAUGGUCACGGACCCGACGGUGGAAUUCCCGGCAUUAACCUGCCUUUCGACAUCAGCAAUAAGUACAAGCUGACUGCGUACUUUGUCAUCUACUGCGGAUCUGCCAUGUCCAUCCCCUUCCUAGUGCUCAGGCACGCGCUUACUAAGUAAUCUGGUUCUCCAUCAGAAAACUUUAGACAACAUUACCAUGUAUUGUUAAGUUACUUUUUAAAAUUACUCUAACGUUAUAGUUUGUAAAUAAAGAUUUAAUCCUUUGUUUA